CCAUGAGCAAGUGCUUUAAGAGAUUGUACUGCUACAGAAAAUGCUGACUUCUGUGGUUCUAAUCAUAUUAUGCAUCUUGGUUGUAUUGUGUGAAGGAUCUAUUUUGACAUUGGUUGGACGAGUUGGGGAUAUGGUUACUUUACCCUGUAAAUAUGAAGUCAGUACGUAUGGCAUAUCAAAUGUUUGUUGGGGAAGAGAUCAAUCCUGGUUCAACUGUGAGCAUACACUCAUUGCCACUGAUGGACUGAUGGUAAACUACAGAGCGUCAAACAGAUACAGUUUACCCAGUAAACUCCAGCAUGGGGAUGUUUCACUCACCAUCAAGGCGGCACAAAAAGCAGACACUGGAUUUUAUGUAUGCCGUAUCGAGAUACCUGGACCAUUCAAUGACCUCAGCUACAGCUUUUACCUUAUCAUUAUAAAUGGACUAAACACAGCCAACAUCACAAAACAGUUUCCGACUUCUGCAGAGAAGCAAACAAAAGUACAGACAGAGCGAAUGAAAAACUAUCAACUCAUUUCAGAAGUCACAGACAACUCGAGAUACAGUUCAUCAGUACGACGGAACCAUUCUGAGGACAGAGUGGAAACAUUUAUCUUGAAUGUUUUGAGAGCGGGAGCCAUUAUAUUCAUCCCUGGUUUAAUCUUGGCACUCAUAUGGAAACUGUGGCGCACCAGAAAAAGUGAAGACAGCAGUGAAAUGGAAAAUACCCCCAGACGCAACCACAGCAGCAGCAUCUCCCCUCCCCAUAAUUAG